AUGGCAAACGUUGCUACAGAAAACACGGAGCUGGCUUUUGUGGAGAGCCACGUGAACUCCUCGUUGUUCCGCCCGUGUCACUGCGCCGGGCAAAGCGCCCUCCGCCCCCGUUCCAAAUGCAACAAGAACUCGGGCUCCGGCUUUGCUUCGUAUUUGAUAAACUCAUUUAAUCAAACCCGUUACGGACACGUGCGGUUCUGUGGGGAAUCGGCUCAGCCCGAGCGCUGCCGGGGCGGCUCCUCCGCUCGGAUUCUCCGGUUUCGCUUUGAGAGCCCCCAGGCCGCCCCGCGCUUCAUGUCCUCGGCUGGAGACGUUCGAGCCGGCAGACGGCAGCGCGGAGCGGCCCGGGCCGCGAUGCCGCUCGCCGUGCGUGCUGGAACCGCCCCAAAUUCCCACUUCCCGUUCUCCGUCCUUCUUCCCCAGGGGAGCGCGGAGCGCCGCGGAGCGUCCUUGUGCCCUCGUGAGAACCGGCGGUGCAGCGAACGGGAGUCGUUCCCCCGGCCGGUCACCUCAGGUGUGCUUUUACCUCUUGCCGCAGAUUUUAAGGAUAACCUAAGCAAAGUGUACGAAGCUGUCGAAGAGGCGGACUUCCUGGCCAUUGAUGGGGAGUUCUCAGGGAUCAGCGAUGGGCCUUCUGUUAGUGCAUUAACCAAUGGCUUUGACACACCAGAAGAACGGUAUCAGAAACUUAAAAAGCAUUCCAUGGAUUUGCUCUUUCAGUUUGGCCUUUGCACUUUUAAAUAUGACCACACAGAAGAGAAGUAUAUUAUGAAGUCAUUUAAUUUCUAUAUUUUUCCAAAACCCUUUAACAGAAGUUCACCGGAUGUCAAGUUUGUCUGUCAGAGUUCAAGCAUAGAUUUUUUAGCAAACCAAGGAUUUGAUUUUAACAAAGUUUUUCGUAAUGGAAUUCCGUAUUUAAAUCAGGAAGAGGAAAGACAGUUAAGAGAACAGUAUGAUGAAAAGCGUUCUCAGGCCAAUGGUGCAGGAUCUCUCUCCUAUAUUUCUCCUAAUGCCACAAAAUGUCCUGUUGCAAUUCCUGAAGAUCAGAAAAAAUUCAUUGAUAAAAUAGUAGAACAAAUAGAAGAAUUUUUAAAGAAUAACGAAAAUGAAAGUUUGGAACUGGAGCCAUGUACAGGGUUUCAGAGGAAACUAAUUUACCAGACCUUGAGCUGGAAGUAUCCAAAAGGUAUCCACGUUGAAACCCUAGAGUCAGAUAAGAAGGAGAGAUAUAUUGUUAUUAGUAAGGUAGAUGAAGAAGAACGAAAAAGAAGAGAACAGCAGAAACAAGCAAAGGAACAGGAAGAACUGAAUGAUGCAGUAGGAUUUUCCAGAGUUGUUCAUGCCAUUGCAAAUUCUGGCAAACUUGUUAUUGGGCACAACAUGCUGCUAGAUGUUAUGCAUACUAUACAUCAGUUCUAUUGUCCUCUACCUGAUGACCUAAGUGAAUUCAAAGAAGUAACGUCAUGUGUCUUUCCCCGGCUAUUGGAUACUAAACUGAUGGCAAGUACGCAACCUUUUAAGGACAUCAUUAAUAAUACAUCCCUUGCAGAACUGGAAAAGCGUUUAAAAGAGGUUCCGUUCAGCCCUCCUAAAGUUGAAAGUGCAGAAGGGUUUCCAAGUUAUGACACAGCUUCUGAACAACUUCAUGAAGCGGGAUAUGAUGCUUACAUUACUGGACUGUGUUUCAUCUCCAUGGCUAACUUUCUAGGUUCGUUUCUUAGUCCUCCGAAAAAUCAUGUGUCUGCUAGAUCAAAACUCAUCGAACCUUUUUUUAACAAGCUAUUUCUUAUGAGAGUAAUGGACAUACCAUAUCUGAAUUUGCAAGGACCAGACUUGCAGCCAAAACGAGAUCAUGUUCUUCAUGUCACUUUUCCCAAAGAGUGGAAGACUAGUGACCUUUACCAGCUUUUUAGUGCCUUUGGUAACAUUCAGGUUUCAUGGAUUGAUGAUACAUCAGCAUUUGUAUCAUUGAGCCAGCCAGAACAAGUACAAAUAGCUGUGAACACCAGCAGAUAUGCUGAAAGUUACAGGAUCCAGACAUACGCAGAAUAUGUUGAAAAAAAACAUGAAGAAAAGCGAGCAAAGAGAAAAUGUACGGAAGAUAGUUGGAAAGAGAUGGAGAGAAAACGGUUGAAAACUCAAGGUGCACCUUACAUUUCCCAGAGUCGAUACCACUGUGUUAACAGUUUUACAGGUACCAGUAUAGUGGGAAAGAGAAGUAUGAGUCCUAUUCAGGAAGAAACUGGUUCUGACAAUUUGGAAGAGGAAGGGGUUCCAGAAGAUCAGACAAACUCCAAUGCAGAGUCACCUCCAGAUGUUAAGAAGAAAGCCAAAAGGUUCAAAAAAAUCAAGAGAGAACAAGUUUCAGCAGGAAGCCUCACAAGUAAUUCCACUGAAAUUUUUGAAGUCCCUGAAACAUGGUAGGAAAUAACUGCCUUAACAAGUGGAAUUGAUUGAAAGCAGUUGUGAGAACACACCUCCUGGAAGCCAUAAUUUAUUUAACUGAAGUGGUGUUAACAAAUCAGUAUGUGUCCUGAAAACCAGUUUAAUUAUUUUAAGCUGUUUACCGAACAAUCACUGUCAAUUUUACUUGUGUGUAUAUUGACUAGUAUAUGAUCUUGUUGUUGAUCAAGUGAAAUCCUUGCUGUUAUUAUGUUAGGUUUAAGAAGCAAGACUAAGUGUAUUUCAGUCAUCCACUUUGGCACGUUGGCUAUGAAAUGUACAAAAAGACCCGGCAGUCUAUGAUUUUGUGCUAGACUUUCCUGUGCUUGAGGGGAGUUACCACAAAUCUCCUAAUCUUUAGAUAUUUUUUCAGGCAACAUCAGAGUGCUGUCAGAACUCUUGAUACAGGUAGAACUGCAGUUUCACAUAUUGCUUUUUACCUGUUACUAUCCAGAAAUCAUUUUUUAGUUUUCCAUUCUUUACUUCACCUCCAGUGCAGCCAGUCUUCAUCUGAAUAGCAACUUUACAGAUACCCUUUUCCAAAAAUAUAAUUUAUGUGCUCCUUAAAUAUUAAUUUCUUGGUGGGAGGUAGUUUUUUCUUUGUUUUCACCUCUGCUGCUGUUUUCACCCUUAAGUCCCUAUCUAUUUCUUCCCUGCUUCUUCCCCAUCUUGUGGGGUUUUUGUUAAAAAUGUUUUUUGGUACCUGUGACAAACCUGCUAACUGUACCAGCCCUCUAUUUGUUUAAAAAAGAUCUGCAUUGGUAGAUUUCAGAAAAUGUUUGAUAUUUAACAUUUUUGUAUCAUGGAAAUAAAAACAAAAGAUGUAUUUCCAUAAAAUGAAAAUUAAAGAAAUUUUCUUAGGAAGUGGUUUGCUUUUAUGUAUUGGCUCCUGAAAUAUAUUUUUUGUGCUCUUAUUUUGCUCUUCAUAAUACUAUUUUUAAAAAUUAUUUUAAAUCUCCAUACAGUUUUCAGUCUAUGUCUGGCAGACCCUCUGGGUCUAUGGACUGACUACUUUCAAGAUAUUUGUGAAAUAUAAUGAAGAAAAGCCAAGUCUAUUGAAAAAAGCUUGUUAUGCAUUUCCCUUGGAAAAAAGAAUGAGGGUUCUGCAAAUCAGCAAGUUGAAAACCAUUUCUAUGGAAAAGUGGAAUAUUAAGAAAGUUACAUCAGAUUGUACUUACAUCACAGUGUGAACCAUUGUCAUUUUAACAGUGCAGCAACCUGCUUGAAGGUAUGCCAAAAUUUGUGGGUUUUUAAGUGAUUACAAGAACUAUCUCGAAUCUUGAAUUUGUUUUGCAAAAGGGAAAAGGAUUUAAAUCCCUCAAAUGUGAAAUGUCUUAUUUCUAAUCUCGGAAUACUGCUGGAAGUAGUGCACCUAAGGUUUGUUGUUACUGUUGGUUUGUUUAGUAGCAGCCAUAGCAUCAUAUUAUUGCACUGAAACGUGGGACAGAAGACAGUGUUAUUAGUGAUGCUAGGGGAAAUUAUCAACAGAACUCUUCUGAUCCAGAGCAUAUGUAGCCGCAUGGGAACUUGUCUUCAUUUCAUUACAAUAUGGAAGCUUAAAUCCUUUCCAGAUUAUUAUUUUUGUACAAAGAGUAGGCUGGGUGUAUAUUUCUCUAAGCUACUGUAUCCACUAUUUCCAGUCUUCUUCCCACUCUGAAUUUUGGAGAGCAGGAUGUCAUUUAUCUCCAGCUGUACUUAGUACCUCUUAGGGAAAUAAUGCUGGUUUGUUUUCUAGUCCUUGUGUAGCCUUUGAUUUUACCAGAUAAUACCUACUUACACUAAUAAAGUGAGAUGGGAUUGGGACUGUGAUAUCACUAGCACUAAUUUGGGUGGAGAGUUGUCAGGGUAGAUGCUGCUGUAAAGAGGAAAUGACCCCCCUGAUAUUUGCAUCAGAACUUGUUAUGCUGUGGCUUUUGUGCACCUCACUAUAAAUCAAAGCACUAAUUCUAGCAGAGGAGAAAUGUGGCUUCCUAAAUUUGAUGCACAUUUGCUUCCUGAUGUAAGUUUAAAAUAUGUGCCUGCAGUCUGCACCUUUACAGCUUUUAUUCCCAGAACACAAAGUUGUCAUCACCAGUCUGCGGCCGCAGCGUUCCUCAGGCUGUGAUCUCCGGGCUGUGCGCUGUCUGUGACAGGAGGGUCGGGCACCUGGGGUUGGGGCGCUGUGUGGG